AUUUUUGACAAUAGGGUUAUAAAAUGGAGUUAAAAGUGCUGUUCACCCUCAUUUUUUCAUCUGGGUUUUUGUGCGUUCUCAAAAGUCAAGAGCCCAAAACUCCUGAUGUCACUGAUCUGGCCUUCAAAAAUGUUGACUUUGCCAUGAACCUCUAUCGCAAGAUAUCAAGUUAUCAUGAUAAAAACGUCUUCUUCUCACCGCUAAGUGUGUCCACGUCUUUCGCCACGCUCUUACUGGCUGCCAAGGGCUCAACACGCAGUCAGAUCUUGAAGGGACUGAAUCUGGACUCUCUGGAUGGAAGCGGAGACGCCUUGCUCGUCCCACGGCUCUUUGAGCAGCUGCAGAAGAACAUCUCGCAGGACAGAAGACUGCAGAUGGAGCAGGGCACGGCACUCUUCGUAGACGAGCGCUUUCCAGUCGAGAGCCUCUUCAGCGAUCAGAUCAAGACGUUCUUUGGUGCUGAUGUUAACAAUGUGGAUUUCAGUAAAGCCGAGCUCAGCAAGAGCAUCGUCAAUGAGUAUGUGAGCAGAAAGACCGGCAAUAAAGUGAAUGAAAUGGUGACGAGUAUCGAGCCCUUGACGAAGAUGAUGCUCCUCAACACCAUUUUCUAUCAGGGUGAAUGGGAUCAUCCGUUCAACCCCAACAGCACGGAAAUGAGUCGCUUUUAUGUCGACAAGUACAAGAUUGUUCAAGUCCCCAUGAUGUUUCAGGAGGAUAAAUUCUCCACGGCUGAAGACAGUGAGCUGCGCGCUCGAGUGCUGCGUCUGCCGUACCGCGGUGGAGCGGCUCUGCUCAUCGUCCUGCCCGAUGCCACUGCUGACUACACCGUCAUAGAUGACGAGAUCAACGCUGAGCGAUUCUUCGGCUGGAUCAAAAACAUGAGGCGAAUGAGAAUGGAGGUUCAUCUGCCCAAGUUCAAGAUGGAGCAGUCUUACAACAUGCAUGAAAUUCUGCCACAUCUGGGCAUCGACAGUGUUUUCCUCGAUUCAGCCAACCUGACGGGUUUAAGCAAAGAGGGGCAUCUGAAAAUCUCACAGGUGCUGCAUAAAGCCGUCAUCGAGGUGGAUGAGAAAGGGACCAGCGCAGCCUCCGCCACAUCAGUGGGAAUCACGGCUUAUUCUCUGCCAGCCACUUUCAUCAUCAACAGGCCCUUCUUCUUCUUUCUGUACCAUGAAGCCACUUCUAGCCUGUUGUUCAUGGGGAGAGUGAUCGACCCCACACAGAACUGAGAACACAAACACUGGACGCCACUAAACACAAACAUGCUUUCAACAAACGCAGACAAAGGGUCAAUCACACACUGAUGACAUAAACAUUAUCAAAUUAAAAUCGCACAAUUAGUGCACUCGUCUAUAAUCGUGUCUGGAUGAACAGUAUGUGGAUGAACGCAGUGAACAUAUUCUGAGAAAUAAAGUGAGGAAAUUGUGUUUUA